AUGUUUGGUAAGUUCACAUUCACAGAUAUCUCUCUUCUUGUUCUCUCCGCUCACACAGCUAGCUUCGCAUCUCGACCUGCAACAAACACCGGCGACGCCGGCGACCUGCAACACCGGCGACACCGGCGACCUGCAACACCGAUAAUGGAUGAAAACAACAAUACAAUUGUUGAUUGUGAAACAUCUUUAAAAAUGAAAAAACCAAAAUUUGGGUGGGAUAAUCGUAGCUUCAUGGUGUUUGUUGAUUCGUGCUUGAUUAAAAAAAAAGGCCGUAAAGCCACUUCCUCCUUUGAUAAAAUUGGGUGGGAAAAUAUACAAAAACGCAUUAAGGAGAAAACAGGUUAUAGCCUUGAAAAAAAACAACUAACAAACAAAUGGGAGAACAUGAAAAAAGAGUGGAAACUUUAUGACCGCUUAAUGAGGCUUGAAACCGGACUCGGUGGGACGAGAAGCCUAGUAGAUGCGUCCCCCGAGUGGUGGGAGGAGAAAAUAAAGGAGAAUAAAGAUUAUGCCAAAUUUAGGAACACAGAUUUGAGCAUAUUUGAUGAGAAAUAUGCUUUUUUGUUUCGGGAUUCUGUUGCCGUUGGAGAUCAGACUAUGACUCCAUUACAAUUUAAAACAAUCGCAAUCCAAACGAAGAAAAUAUGGAGGGCAAAGGAGAUAGUGAUGAAAUCAAUUUAG